AAUCAUCUUUCAGGUCAAUCUAAUGGUAACCAAGAAUCUGGGGAUUCCACUGCUUUACGUCAGCUACUGACACAUGUCCCGGAUAUAGUGAUCAACUGCGACCAUAAGAAGUCUAUGCCACGUGUCAAUCACGUGGUGGGCGUGUGCAUGUUUGCUGACAUAUCAGGUAAGAGGUGUCCGGCAUAGCUUGAGUCAAAGGGCCAUUUGCAUCUAAAAUUUUUAACCUUAUCAAUUUGUGGUAAACCGCGCCACUCGAAUGGCAAAUGAACUGAUUCAAAUUUAUAACCAGUUUUUCACAUUCUCCAACAGUAACACAGUGAAAUAGUCACAAGCCUAACUUAUUUUUCCAGGUUUCACAUCACUGUGCGAGACAUACGCCUUGAAAGCUUCAGAGGAAUCUUGUGGCACAGACAAACUUACAACCACAUUGAACACUUAUUUAGGAAAGAUAGUGGAAGGUAGGUGAUAAAAAAUGGUCCCCGAUGUGACCUAUACUGGUCAUAACAUCACUCACAUGAGUCACUUACAUAUCUCAAAUACAUAUCAAAGACUAGCCUGGAAUAGCUCCUAAUAUAUGGAAGAGAAGUAUUAUAGAGACAAAAACAUUUAAAAAGUGGCACAACUUAGAGUUUUUUUAUAGGGCCAGCGCAUUCUGCAGAUGAGCUUGUUAGUAACUGCUUGAUCAAAAGUUUUCACAUUGUAUACAACAUAGUGAUAAAGUUUUUUAAUAGUUAUAAUGAUGUACCUGUCUGAAAUGGUAUUCAAUAAUACGUAUCAUGGGGAGAAAUUAGAGCAGCAGUACUCUUUUGGACGCUUCGUUCUUUCAGAUAUCUUGAAGCAUGGAGGAGAUGUCUUAAAAUUUGCUGGUAUGUAGAAAUUCAUCAUUUAAUUACAAAGCGCGUCCAAACCAAGAUUCUGGGCACAAUCAAAGGAAAAUACACGUUUGAUUUUAUGUCUUCUGCUCUUUGUCUUUGAAGUGCCAUAAAUAUAAGUUCGCUGUAUCAGUUUCGUUUUAAUAUUACAGCGAGUAUUUUAUUAUCCUGCUAUCUAGCAGAGUCUCUUCGAUCUUUCCUAGAUGAGUCGGGAAAGAGGAAGCGACUUAUCUAGGAAGAUCGAAGGAAACUCUGUUCGCAGGGUAGUAUGUUAUAGCAACUUGUUUUCUUUUUAAUUUGCCGCGAGGAAACUGUCAGGGACUAGCUACAAAAUGUAAACCAAAACCUAUUAGCAGUUAGCUUUCGUAUGCUGCUACCUGAGUUUUAAAAGCGAUUCAAUUAACACUAGCCUCGGAAAGAAAUUUCGCAUUUCCACGCUGCAAUGUAGUAUCCUUUGUAUACAAUUUCUUACAUUUAGGUUUUAAUUUAUAAAGUGCAUUUCUGAACAUUCAAAUGAAAGCUAUAGAGCGGCGCUCUUGACAUUCAACUCUCAAUGGGAAUAAAGUACAAACUUAAGAUAUGCAAUGCAUGUAGUAUUAGUGUACGACUGUAAUUUUAACAAGAGAAGAUAUUUGAAAACUCCUAUGAAAGCUUACAUAGAAGUUAAUUUAUCUUUGUUCUAGGUGAUGCCCUACUCGCUUUGUGGAAGUCUGAAGAUAGUGCACUGGACAUGACGCUUCUUAUUAACAAAGCUAUCAUUUGUAGCAUAGACAUUCAAGAAGAAUGUGAUAACUACAUGACUGAUGUAGGGGUUGUGCUCGGGGUUAAAAUCGCUUUAUCGGUCGGUAAAAUGCAAAUCACUCAUGUGGGAGUAGCGGAAAGCAAACAUUUCGAUUUAUCAGGGUCAGCAGUUGAUGACGUUAACGCAGCGGAGAAGUGGGCGGAACCUGGGUCGAUAAUUUUAUCACGUUUAGCUUAUUUGAAUUGCGACCAGUCUUUGUUCUUAUUUGAGAUCAUGGAUGAUGGAUUUCACUACAGGGUAAGUUACCUUCGUAUGAUGGUACAGUUCAAAAUAUGAGUCAUUUCAUAUGUUUCCAUUCGUGUCAUUUUGACCAUUGGGUAUGUUAUGAACUCACAAUGGCUUGCUCUCCAGUUGGCUUGAUUAGCUCAAUGGAUAGAGCGUUGUGUCCGGUCGUCGCAAAGGUUAGGGUUCUAUUCCCGGUCAAGAAUGAAUUUUUUUUGGUUCUUUUGCAACAGCUUAGGUUUUUCACUCUAUUGUGAUGAUCAUGUUCACUUUCAAAUCUUUACCCCCAGUUUAGAAUGUGAUUCAUUUCAGUUCCUUGUUUGCUUGGAACGUCUUUUAGUGUUACCAGUGCACUGACUGUACGCUGAUAAACUCGUGAUGGCCAGUUUUUAAGAAAACGCUGGUUGUUAGGAAAGGACAUGAAGCUGAAUUAAGUCAAAGAAGCUGUGGAAGGACUUACAUAAGAACGGGACCGGGAUUUUUUUUUCGGCAAUUUAAAUUUAACACCUAACGGAAACAAAACCCGGUUACUAAGCCCGGUAAGGCUUUACUUUACUCCCAAAAAGAACACAAAAUAAGAGCCAGGUGUUGACUUAUCAAUAUGUCGUCGACACAGUAUUCUUUUCGCUCAACACUAUGCGAUACCUGCACUGGUAAAAAUAUUGUCUCUUCGUCCUAAAAACAGUACCUGAGACUGAAAUCUGCAAUUGAUACCCCAUAAUAAGACGACGAGCAUCCCCCCUUACUUUCAUAAAUGAGUUCCCCCCGGGUGCAAGAGUAAGAUUGUAUACAUGAACCUUAUUCAGUUACUAUCACCAUAAGAUUGCUAUCAUAAUUAGCAUCAACACGACCAGUAGUAUAGAAGGGAUGUUUUAAGCCUCUUUUGAGGGAAAAUCGCAUGUAUUUAUUUGAGGGGGAAUACAUUGGCGCUGAUGACGUCAUAGCCUUUUGUCUUUUGCGCAUGAAUUAUUAAGUAUGGAGGAGUCUCAUUAAGAAAAGCUUAUGUAUAUUUUAAGCGUAUUAACCAGUAUCAGCACUGACAAUAUUAAGUCUUCAAAAUCACCAUCACCACAACCAUUAUUGCUAUUACCAUAAGCGUCACCUUCAUUAACAUUAGCAUCAAAUCCAUUGCCGGGGAAAUUCGAACUUUAUCACUGAAAUCAUCAUCAUCAUCACCAUCAGGACCACCAUCAUCAUUUCAUAUUAUACACUUAAUGUCAGAUCCCGAGGGAAACAGUUAGUUUUGUUUUCCCGAGAGUCCAGAUGUUUCCCGAGACGAAGUCGAGGGAAACUUCAGGACUUUCGGGAAAACAAAAACUAACUGGUUUCCUGAGGGACCUGGCAUUAAGUGUUUUGUUACAUGAUUUCUAGACUUUCACUUCAACAGCAACAAAAGAAUAACCGGAGCGAACCAAAACGGUCGACUCGGUACUUAUAACGACACAAAUUUAAUUCUCAAAACCACUGAAUGAAUGAUUCACAAAGUACCUUCCUUAUAUUAUCUGCAUCAUUUUCCUCCACUAGCUGCUGUUUUUCUUCGGGGAACUUCGAUUCUUGGAUCACUUUAAUAAUCGUUGCUUUUUAGCUUAAGGCUUCGUGUUUGUGUAGCUUAAGGCUUCGUGUUUGUGUUGUGUUCAUUCAAGAAAAAGAAAACUAGCAGAACUGGGAGCGUUUUUCCCGCGUUUUGUCACGCCACUUUCCACCAUGCUUUGAUCACGUGCUGUAAUGUAGCCCCAACGGGGUACAUUGCUUAAUGUAUCACGAUCGGGAUACAUUAGAUUUUAGUCAAGGCCACGUGACCAAGAAUCGACCAAUGGCAAUCCCUGUUUAGUUGAGUGAAAGUCUAGAAAUAUAACAAUAUACCAUUAUUAUCAUCGUCAUCGUCAUGAUCGGUACGUACUUAGUGUCUGUCUUGUUCCUUUCCAGGUAGCUGGUGCAAAACUAGAGGAAGAGGCCUCCACUAUGACCACAGUAAAUCCAACUGGUGUUCAGUUAGCUCUUAUGUCUGGCUUACUUUCCACAAACGCUGUCUUGUUAUCAACACCAUCAGUGGCCAAGAGAAUAUUCGGCCCUCAUGUGGGUACUUUGAUGUCUCGCUAUCAUCCACAGUUAAAACUUCCCAGAAUUUUUAGCAAAAAGAGUCAGGCAGAACAGAAAGAUCAGAAAUGUAAAGUCACCGGCAAGGUGCUGAAAAGUGAAAGUUUUCACGAUCCAGGUUAGUUAUAUUUUGCGCGUAACUUUUAAAACAAACAUAUUUCUCUUAGGUUUUAAUCUCUCUCUUUCCACUGCUAGUAGAAAGUGCAAUUCCUGAUAUAUUGGCGCCUCUGUGUGAUUUAACGAUAUUUAUGCAUGUAAUAAUGAAUGACAAGGAACUUUGCAAAAAACAAAAACAAACAAAAAAAAACUCAAAUGCAUAGUCAUAUUAAGAGAAAGCUCGUUAUGGAAAGAUUUGAAAACAAAUCCUUUUAAUAACAUUUGAUUUUCUUACUUCAAUUUUCUUGGCACACCGAUUUCUCUGCUUCCCAGUCUUAAUCGGGGGAUGCAGUUAUAGAGCUUACAAUUUCUUCUUUUUCAGAUCACCGAACUGAUAUUUACAGCAAACUGAAUGAUCAGGAUAUUGCUGAUCUUCGUGCCUAUGUCUCCAAACCGGUUCUGUCAAAGGUCUGCAUUUGAACCAUUUAUCUGCCUUGUUAGCCAUGCAGGAUUCGGGUCUUGUAUUAUUUCCAUACCCUAAGAAAAUAAAAGUAGAUGUUCAAUUAAACGUCAGAUUUCAGUUAUUUCAGUUGUAAGCUGGAGUAAAUGAGAAAGUAGCGGCAAAAACAAAGGAAUAAAUGAAUUAAAAUGCUUGUGCACUGAUAUCUUAUGGCGACUUUAUCACCCCAGCAAAUGUGCUGGCCCUUGCUCAUGCGUACGCCACAUCCGCGUACCGCUCUCUAGGUUUUGGUGACAAAAACCUUUGCUUACGUCUGUACCAAUGAUGACUAUAACCCCUGUUUCAUGAUCCUGCAUUGUAGAUCGACCAUGACCAGGACCUACAAUGGUUGUCAGAAAUGCGUCAAGUUUCUGUGUUAUUUAUAAAUAUGGUGCUACCCGCCAAAGGAAGUUCUCAUUCCUGGGCUUUACAAAAGGCUUUUGAGGUUAUUCAUGAAAGCGCCAGGAGACUGAGAGGUAAGGUUUACAACGGAGAUAUUUAGACAACGGCACGUUAACGUUUUUAAAGAAGAAGCGAAGCAUAUUUGGUGGGAAAUUAGUUUACGAAUGACGGAAGCUAACUAAGUAGGAAAAAAAGUAAGAAAAUGGAGAUGCGAUUAUAAAAGCUUACUGUUUUGGAAACUCCAUGGAAAUAUUUUACAAUUGGGAAGCCCUAUUUAAUUAGUCAGGGGCACCCAACGAGAAUAUAGUUAAAACCACUUAAACAUAGAAUUGUUAAACGUAUUUUAGUAUUUAAACGAUAGAUAUAGGCAUAUUUUUAUCCCCUAAAAAUUUUUGAUCUGUUUGGAUUUCCUAGCUGAAAGUCUAGUGAUCCGAAAAUUAUAGGGAUCAAAACUUACCUUUUCGAAAAUUUCAGCCAGAAAAAAGGCUCCCGAAAAUUCUAGGUGACCUUUUUAGGGUAAAAAUCCAUUUUUUAGAUGUUCGAAAAUCCUAGGAGAGGCAGGCAAGCAAGAAAUUUUACAACAAAUGUUCCGAAGAUUCUAGAUUUCAAAUCGUCUUCCGAACAGAUAUUUUCCCGAAAAUUGUCGUUGGGUGCCCCUGAUUAGUGAGAAAAGAAGAGGACACCGAUUAUGGUUUGCACUUACGUAUAGUGAUUGGGUAAGCACUGUUUUACAAUGGAUAGCUUUUAUUUACUGUUUUAGAAACUCUAUAGAAAUAUUCUAUAUUUUCUUCGACUUGCUACUAAUCAUUUGAUACUGGGCAGUGGUUGAAUAAGAGAUAAAUAUAGUAAACCGGAGUUAAAAGCUUCCUACGUUUCCUUACUUUGGUCUUUUUUUGGUUUUAAUUUGAUAAUUUGAGACAAGGUUUCCUCAGUGUGUAGAGCAAACAGUUUUCAAACAGUUUAUCACCACCCAUCUACUCAGGACAAGUUUCAGCGAGCAGGGUUAGUGAGGGAUCCGACCUCCUUCUAAGCUAUAGAAUGAAGACGCUACUAAAGGUUCUGCCUUUGUUUCACAUCUUCAAACGGCUCUGGACCUUAUACUCUUCUCGGAUAUGAAGGGAAAAGUCCCUGUCCUCCCAUCGCACUUUCACUGAUAUUACCCGGAUUGUGGUAUAUAUAUAAAGCAAUUAGAAGUGACUACCGAUAUUUUUUUAUCUCGCUGCCUGACACUAAGGUCCCAGUUCUGUUAUGUGAACCAUCACGUCAAUGUGAGUUGAGUGUUCUGUAAUCAAGAAUCCAAAUUAAACUUUUCUAGACAUUAUAGAUCAUGAGUAUUUACCCAAUUGUUUUCCCUUAUGACAUUUCCUGAUUGAUUCUUGUAAUUUACAAUGGCAGGUAAUCUGAACAAGGUCUUCUCCUUUGAUAAGGUACGAGUUAUAACAAAUAAAGUAAGAUUAACGCAGCUUUCUCCUCUCAGAUGAUGUCAUUUCGUUCGUAUAUAACAUGUCACUCGACAAGUGCAAUCAUAUGCUUGUGCGAUAUUUGCAACAAUGCAAUUCCAGGGACGGCGGAACAUAUUUUUCAAGUGGGGAGCUGACAAGCGACUUAAAGUGGGGAGGCUAAGGGCACCCCCACAUAGUAAGUCUUUAUUUUUCGGGUAAAAAAAUGGGGUUUUAAAAUGGGGUCUUAAAAUGGGGUCUCUACAGCUCCCCCAGCCAUCGCCGUCUCAGAAUCCAAACACCAUUUAACGAAAUUUUAAGGAUUUGACCAAGUAGUAGCCUGCGAAUCGGAUGUAGAGAAGCGACAGCCCGAAAUACAUCUGUUUUCCCAGGCUAGCUAAGUAGGAUUUAAGCUCAUGACUAGCAGGAAAAUAAAUAAAUUUAAGCUUGGUCCUUCAAUAUACGUUACCUUCUGAUUUGGAAUGCCUUUGUAUAGUUUUAUAAUAGUAUAAUAAUAUAUAUUAAUGAACACAAGAUAAAUGUUUUUUUUUACCUACCUUAUAGGAGUGCUCAAUGCAUAAAUCAUGCAGGGCGCAAUUCAAAUAAGUCUUUGUAAUGGUUAUUUCCGACGAAAUCGAAGCCGCGACGAUAGCUACUGACCCGGGUAUUGAUGAAGCAACCAUGAGACUAAAGCAACGUUUGUAUCGCCAUUCCGAUCAAGUUUGACCACGUCAGUAGGCGGGCAAUGACGGCAAAUAAAUCUGCCAAAAAGUGGGCCGAGCGUUCAGAGUUUUUGUUUUGCUGACUAAAGCUGUUGCUUGUUUAUUUUCUCGUUUCUGUCGUCGUUUCGGUUGCGCUGAGCUCGCUGUUAACGUCACCACGUAAAAUAAUUCUUGAUAUGGACGGUUUUUCCUCAAAAAACGACGAUUUAAUGGAAAACGUGCGACGAAAUCGACCUUCCGCAGGUACUCAUACGGAGGAUGACAAAUGUAAAGCAUGAAAAGUUGUAACUCGGAUUGUCACGCACUAAGCGAUCAUCGGGCUAAAUGCUAUAUAUAUCAGCACGAAGGGUGAUUGGCUCUUUCCUGGGCAUUUUACGUAUACGGUUAUAUUAUCAGCUUCCUCAUGAUCAGACGUCACAGCAGGUCACGGCCUUUCGCAUACUUCUUAUCACUGUCGUACUUUGCGGCGCAUCGGUUGCCCCAAAUACGGUAGUUUAAACUGCGCCUCCGUUUAUAAUGUUCCUUGGCAAGAAUUCUGCUGUUUGGUGGCAAGGCGUAGCUGAGACCUUGCGGCGUGUUUGCCAUAUUAAACUGCUGCCUGAUUACACAGUUUUGUAGUGCAUCAGUAGCGAAUCAGUAGCUAAAGCAUGACUAAAUAGCUUGUAGUGAGUCCUAGAUCGCUGUUAGAACCUCAAAAAUUGAAGUACAAAACAAUUUGCAAGCCUAUCUUCUCUCUCAGAAAACUGCAGUUCUUAUUGAGUGGAUAACAUUCAACUUCAAAACUUAAAUCCAUAAAUCUCGUUAUUUGCACGUAUUUUCUGACGCAGGUGCUACGAGCAUUUUUCUGAAGACUGAAAAGCAGUCAGUGACGGCACAUGCAAGUUCUUAAUGUUUGAGGCAUGGCUAAUGCUUUAAUGUCUACUUGGAGAAUAUUACCAUGGUAGUAAUUGAAUUGCCAUAUUUUCCAACUGCUUGACAGGGUUGCACCUUUAUUGUUAUAUUUGGCUUACCUGGGGAUAAGCACGAGGACGACCCUGCACGAGCACUAAAAGCUGGCCAUCGGAUAAUGGACGCACUACAUCAGAUCAUGGAGAUCACGUGAGUAUCAAGACAAAUUGAUAAUAAUAAUCCUGAAUUCACGGUGUUGUAAUGAAGCAUGAAGCAAUUAAGGUUGAAUCCUCGACCGGAAUAAACCUUUGAACUUCUGUGAGAUGAUCUUACGACUUCUUCGAACAACUGAGCUACGUACGAAGCGAGCCACAAUGCUAUAAGGAUUUUUUUAAUGUGACAUGUGCUCUUAGUGCCAGGUAGAAAAAGCCAUUGAAAACUUAACCUCUCCAUCUCCAGAGUUAUCAUUGAGACAAAAUCUAAUCCAAAACAGCCUCAAACACGAUGGAUUCUGUAGGCAACUGAUCUGCGAUUUAACGAAAGGUCAAAAUCACAUUGACUUAGUAAACCGUAAUAAAGGUAUUUACUCUUGCAAACACAUUCUUGUUAAAAUCACACAAGAGCCAUAACUCUUGAAUCACAUCAUUGACUCAAUAAACCGUAAAAAGGUGUUAACUUGUAAAUACAUUCUUGUUAAUUACUUUAAAUUUUAGAAACGAAUCUAUUGGUGUAACAACCGGCCGAGCCUUCUGUGGUGUAGUAGGUCAUCGAGACCGACACGAGUAUACAGGUAACAGUCAAGUUCAUAUACAGCUAUAUACGAAUAUACCGCUCACUGAUAUCGUUUGUCUGGUCCAUGCCUUAAAUUACGUAAUAUAUAUGUAGUCACCGCACCCAAGGGACAACACAAGGCGGUAGCAAACUGGCCGUGCCUUUGCGAAAUGAUUUCUGGUAAUUCGCUUUUGAAAUGAAAUUUCCAUAAAACUCCAAACUACUUGAGACACCCUGGAAAGGUAUACGGGCCUUUUAAAAAAACUCUCGGAAAUUAUUAGCACUGAAUUCCUUUAAAGUUUCUGAAGUUCCCCUACGAGAAUUUAACACUCUUUCCAGGAAUUUUAUAGAAUUAGUAGCACGGCAAUCAGGAUAAAUAAAGUAGAAUAAGAAUAAGCAAUUAUCCAAUAAUAGACAGUGUAGUACAUAAGGUUAAUUCGUUUGGUAGUGUGUGGAAAGGGGGCUAUGAGAACCUUUGUCUAUUUUCCAUGUCGAUGUUGAGCAGAGUCGGUAAUUUUUGUCCCGAUAUUUUGACAGUUAUUGGACGGAAAGUAAACAUGGCGGCCAGGCUCAUGGUGAAUUACCCAGAAGUACUGUCUUGUGACGAUGACACCUACAGAUCUGGCAAGUCCAAGUUGAAGAAGGAGGAUUUCGUCACGUUGCCCUUUGUAAAACUGAAAGGUAUCGCUGAACCAGGAACAGUGAGAGAAUAUAACAGACACCAUGAGUAAGUACUAUAUUCAUAACAGCUUUGUUGAAGGAUCUUAUCCCCCAGUGAAAUAUGCUAUAACUAUGAUUCUUAUAUAGCUAGAAAUUUUUUCCCAACAGCGCGUGCUCUCAUUGCUUUCUUCGAAAUCACAUGACAUCUAACAAUAAAACUGUUUCCCGCCAAAAUCUUUGAGCAGGCAACAUUGCAAAAUCUAUGACGUCAGAGGGUAACAGUGCACCGUUACCCGACUCUUACCCGCGAAUGUUGACCGACGACUGCCGUUACAGCGAGGUUUAAUGAAUUUCCAGCUAUAUAACAAAUCACUUAAUGAAUGGUCCUGGAAACGGUUAAUUUUGUCCCAGUCAUUAUGUGUUUAUUAUUAUCAUUAUUGCUAUUCCGUAAUAUAUUUAUGGCGCGUUUUUCUGACCGCACUCCGAAAUUUGAGGUCAAUUCUUUGCUUAGUUAGUGAGUUUACCCCUUACACGAAAUGCCCCUGUAGAGUCAUGAACACACAUAGCAUUGAAACUUGAAAAAGUUGGCCCAGCUUCCUCAAGUUUAAAUUCAUUUCCAUCCCAACAAUCCGCUGCACCAGACGACAGGAAACACUUUCAAUGGCUAAAUAUAGUCUUAAAUAACAAAACUGGGCCAUUAUUAUGAAAAUUCUCUUGAUGCCAAGACAAGUUCUAGCUGUUUAAAAAGAUGGAAAAUAGCUUGACAUAGCUCACUAAGAAAGGCUAAGGGUGCAUUCGAUUGACCAUAUUCCGGAAUAAGUCAUAACUCCCUGACUUUUAACUUCUUUGUCUCUCUCUGAGCAGGACAGCUCUCUUAAGGCGAAAAAAUAGUACCGAUUCCCAUAGUGCCAUUCUUGGAGGAUUAGACUGAAUACAGUGAUUAUACCUCAUGAGUUGUUUGAAUAAAACCAAUUAUUUAUUUACUUAAAAAUUAGGUUCGCCAACUACUGGCAGGGUCACAGCAAUCGGGCGUGGCGCCAAUUUCUGCGGGGCCUUAGUAGUCCCUCCCUCCAUGCGAGAUAGCCCACCACACCAGGGUCUACGUUUCCUACUCUUUGCAAACAGUGAGUGGGUCCUUUAACAUACCACAGAGUUUAUAUGUAAAGAGUUGUGAGACGAGGCCUACGGUUUGCACUGUAUCUUCCUUAUACGAGACGUCUAGAAAGUCUAAUCGUCUUUUUACAAAGGCAUAACUUUCGCCUCAGUUAUUUUAAAACCCCGAGGGGUUGGUCCGGCCCUGCCGGGGUUUGAACAAGUUUCAUCCCGCUCCUCGUUUCUUUGAACACGUUCUCUGUUUUUUCACAGCCGCGAAGAGGAAGAGGAGGAAUAUGAGUAUCCUAUCCUUGGUGAGCUGUAAACUGGACGAAGUUUUGCCAUCGAUCGGCAUCGUUUUCUUCCUUCUCGCAAGAGGAGAACGUGUAUAAGUUUUCUUGUACAAAGGGAUGUACCUCUGAUGAAGCUAUGAUACUAGAGCAGAUUGUCACACAAUAUAGUCUCACCAUUUAUUACCUUAGGAAUAUUUUUUGUAAUCUUCGAUUGUUCAGAAACUUACACCUGUGAACCCUUUAUGAACUUGUUUGCCAUUGUUCACUUCUGUUUACAUUGCAGGGUGAGAGCAAUCAGCUUUUGUCUAUACCUGUCUUAAAUUCAUUCUCUGUGGAAAAGUUAGGGAAUGUAUAAAUGUUUGAUUUUUUUUAGGAAGAGGAGAAGAAAUUGAUGAAAUGAAGGAGUUGCUUCAUGCCAUUAAGUGUGAUAAUACUCGUGUGAGUGGCAACAGGCGAGUUGUGGUGAUUGAAGGAGAAGGAGGAAUUGGUAAAACAAGAGUUAUGGAGGCACUUAUGGAUACCGCUGAGGAUGAAGAAUUCAAGUAAUACACAACAGUCGAAAUUUCCAUUCAAAUUUUAAGCUGUGCUUUCUUGAAUGAGCUGUGUCACGAAAAUAAUUGAAUUCAAACAGUGGGAACUGCCACCAAAUUGAAUGAAACAUAAAAAUAACCGCUAAAAACGUUGAAAGAAGGUAUGAAUAACUCAGAAAAAGCAAAAGGAGGCACGGGAUCAUGGACAAAUUCUAAGAAGAUUGAAACGGAUUGCAAUUGUCGUUCUUGAAAGCUUGUCAGCUUAACAGUUUUUCAAAGUUAAUUUUUGUUGAUUGUGGCGUUUGAUAUAAUGCUUGGGACGUAUAUUUGCUUGACACAAAGCUGCGAUCUUGCCAUUCACAAGUUAUAUCUUAAUUUUAAUAAGGACGUGCAGGUGGUAUUAUGAGAAAAUAAAAUGACACAGCCACUUUAACACAUAUGGAAAGCUGAGUGACCAAGCCUUCAGCUAGUUAUAUUUGGUGGCUGCAUGUUUUGUAUUUGCCUAACAAAGACGAGGGCAGCACGCCAUCUGAGGAGAGUCAUGCAAGCUUAAUUUACGCGAUCCAAAUCUUCGUUAGUGUCAAUCAGUUAGUCACCAUUAGCCAAAAACUUCCACGUAACCGUAUACGUGUUACCUACGAAAAUAGGGUCAAAUUCUCACGUUCUGUUUCCUCAGGGUAGAUUACGUGGAGGCUGACAUGGCGCAUGCGCACACGCCGUAUCAUGUAGUUCAGACUCUUAUAACCAAUUUAUUGUUACUGGAUACGUGCCGAACAGCUUCAGAGAAAGAACAUGCGCUCUUGGAGCAUAUCACUGACCUUAAACUGCGAGAAAAGGUGUUUCUGUUAAAUGACUUGCUUGGCACACAUGUAAGUACAGCCGUACCAGCGUUGGGAAUAUUUAUUCCAGAAAGACAGUAUGCAGAACAUUUUUUUGGAUUUGUGGUACUUAACACGUUUGAGCAUUGUCAUUACUUUGGUGUGUUUGUAAUAUAAUAGAACUAAUUCCAUUGGGUCUCACUGUAGUUAAGUGGUGUUUAAUGCGGUUUAAUGAUAUUAGCCUCGGAGGAGGUUUACUUGAAGAAAAGGACUGUUGUCUCUCUUGAAACUAGGACAGAUGCAAAAGGAAGGGCGGGGAGGGUUAUAUCUUUGGGAAUAGGCAUUGUUUGCAUAUCAUUCCGAGUUCAUUUGCUCAGGACGUCAUAUUUUAUCUGCAGUGUUCCGCAUGUUUUUGGACUUAUUUUCGUUUCAGAUACUCCCGAAUCCCGAUUUUGCUCAUUUGGACUCAGAUAAAAUUACUCAACAUUUCCACAUGCUUUUGUUUGACAUUGUUCACCAGGUAGGUGUCUCAAGGUUUUAGAAUAUACAUUCACUCUAUUUCCUUCCCUUCUGUUGCCGUUCUCGCCUUGGGCGUACGUCAUCUUACAUCGUACUUCCACACCUAGCACGUUACGAACUAAACUGACUUCACUAUCGUGUUCGCGUUCCAUUCUAUGACUGUUCCGUUGUUUUAAUGGCAACUAUGCUGAAACCUCUGAUUCACUUGGCCUCGAGACUCAGGCUGAUAACAGCUUGGUAAAGCAUCUUUCGUAAGUGAUUCAGGAUUCUUUCUCAAUUAUAAGGUUCUUUCUCGACGUCUCAAUUUGUAAAAUGGUACUGAUUUAGUAAUAGAUUUCAUUGUAUUAAAAGAAUCUGUACCCACAUAUUUUUCAGUUCGCUGUCAGACAACCGUGCUUGUUCGCUGUGGACAAUGCGCAGUUUAUCGAUCAGGAAUCAUGGGAUUUUUUAGAAGACUUGUCCAAAGACUCCCACGCGAUUUUGGUAUUAGCUCUCAGGCCUUUCUCUUCCUCAAACCCACCUUGCGAGGCAGCUACCAGGCUGAUUCAACAUGACGUGACCAAGAAAAUCAAAUUAGGUCAGAUAAGGUUAAUUGUCUCUCGUACGGAUUAACCUAAGCUCAUUAAUUGACUGUCCAUAUUGAAGUUGUCCACGAGUCUGUGUCGAAUUGUACCGAAUGCUUAGGGGACGUUAUUGCUUCUUCAAGAGAGCCUUUUCACAUAACGUCACGGCAGCUAUAUUGGAGUUCCACAACAAUGAAACGGCGGUCAUAUCGUUGUUUUAAACCAAUCCUUUGAGAGUUCAACACUUUUCUUAUGUAAACGCUUCUUUUUCCCAAUAAAUUUUCAUAGAUGCUGGACACCUUAUAAGAUAAUCAGGGCAAAAUGUACUGUACUUUUCCAUUGGUUGUAAAUGCUAUUAAUAUUUCUUUAUUUGAUACUUUGUGAUCAACAUUUCACAAAUCGACUUCGAUUUCGUUCCAUCGUUACAUCUGACAAACGUAAUCUUGUAUGAUCUAUAGGAGGCCUGUCGCCCCACGUUAUGAGUGACCUGACAUGUCAGUUUAUGGACGUCAUGUUCAUUCCCAAUGAACUGGACGAGAUUAUUCGGCUGAAAAGCCACGGUAUAGCUUCAUGGUGUGAACAGCUCAUCAAAGACAUGCUAGGGAGCGAGGUUAUUCAAAUUGUCGAUGAGGACCAAGCCUUCCCGAAAAAGGAAUCUUCUUUCGAUUUUCUAUCACUUGAUGCUUCUACAACGAGCCUUGCUUUUAAAAAACACAAGGAGCUGUCUGAUCCCUCUCGCCCAAGGACUCCGUUUUAUAGCGAAAGUGGUCAGUUACGAGCUGGUAGUGCAGAACCCAGACGAAUGACUCUCGCUGUGAGCAGAGGAAUUACACCGAGUCUCUUUGGUGGUGGUUACCAAGAAUCUGGUGGCUCCUCUGCAACCUGGCGAAAGGAAAGGCGGAAAUCAACUGGUUCCACUAAGAGCAUCCACUUUAACUUGGAGGGCCUUGAAAGUAAAACGAAAAUGAAUGAUUCAGAAAUUGAUUCCAGUAGAGGUUCUCGACGUAUCAGCCUUUUCUCUGAAGAAGAAUUACCACAAGAAAAACCAAAGUUCAAUUUGGAUCUUGCAAAUUUCGUGCCUGCAUCAGAAAAUUCAAUGCCUUUGGACACCAAGAAAGUGUGUAUUAUCAAUCCAGGUGUUGACAUUUCCAAAGUGGUAGUUCCAGAAUCUGUUAAAGACAUGGUCCUGGCUCGCAUCGACAGAAUGAUGCCUUUAGAACAAGUGACUUUAAAAUGCGCCAGUAUUUUGGGUACUGAAUUUCAUAGAAACGUGCUUCAGGCAAUUCUACCUGGGUCUUGUCGAGGAACUUUCGAUUUGGUGCUUUACAACCUUGCUAAGGAAUCGAUCGUAGAGUGUGCCAGUUUGGCAGCCCAACAUCAAAAUGCUCACAACCAUCAUGGAUUCUACGACUUCAAUGAUCCUGUACAAGCUCACCAACACACACAUCACCAUCAUCAUCACCAUCACCACAGUGUUGCGAGCUCAAUCCAUGGUUCCGUUUUCUGUGGCUGUUAUGCGGACGAGAUGACCAAAGUAAUAAACUUAUCCAGACUUAUGACUCCAAGUGGACCAAAGAAGCACUGUUUACAUCUGAGAUUUGUAAACACGUACGUCCAAGAGACAUCGUAUUCGCUCUGGCUUGAAGAUCAGAGAAGAGAAUUGCACGAAAAAGCAGCAAUGUUUCUUGAGUCGCAGGCUCACAAGUGUAAAUCUUGUGGGGGAGGUGGAUUUGUCGCUAAACAAGUUGAUACUCACGAGGCACAGGGUUCCCAGGGUCAGAAAAGGGCUAGCGGUAAGUGCGACAAUGGCAUAUAACUUCAUUUUCUUUUAACUGUAUGAAUGGUUAUUCUUUCUUCUCUGUUUUUUAAGUAAACUGUUAACGUGACUAUUGAUGGAAAUCUCGCUUACGUUUGAAUAUUCUGUAAAAAAAAUUAAAAAAAACUCGGAAAAGAUAAUGUUAAAUAAGAUUAGCGUUGCUUGUUAGUACAUUUUGAAGUAGUUAAUAAGAGACCAUUUCAGGUACAUCUGGCAGAUCCACAGCAGAAUUUUCAUCCAAGAUGACCAAGCGACGGAAAACAAUGGAAAUGAGAGAGAAGGUGCAAAGCCAGGGAGCAUUUUCUUCACGUGCGCAUGAGCGAUCAGCCGAAAUCGCAGGAACAAGCAGUUUAUUGGAGGUUUGUAGACUUUAUUCCUCAUUUCAAAUGACCAGGCAUUCACUCAUAUCAAAAUGAAUACCAGAAAGAUAAAUAAUGCGGAGCAGGUUAUAUAGUUCUCUUACUGUCAGUUCGGUCAAAAAUCCUUAAUAGAAAGUAGUCUAAAUUCUCAUAAAUUACAGAACAACAGUUGGAAAACUACAAGGCCAGCUUAAUGUGAUAAGGGAAGUUGAGAAUGCCCGUAUUUAUCAUAUUUUCGCUGAUCCAUGUCUUAUAAUUACCUUCUGAUCCUUUUCGAUAGCCACUUGAACUUGGUCGAGACCACCUCUUAUAGCACGAACUUUAUCAAGAAGGUACGAUGAACAGUUUAUCGCAACAAAAUUCGAUCCAAAUACGGUGAUGGUUUCACCUAACCUCCCACGCAGGCGUUUUUGGGGGAGCUCGUUUUUCAUCCCUCCCCACAAACGCCUGCUCAACCGAAAGCAACAUUCCUUUCCCAAGCUUAGCCAAUCACGUUGUACUUUCCAAAUUCUGGAAAGUUGACCUUGACCGCAAGGUAAUCUGAUAAUUACUCGAUCUGCAUAAAUGUUAGAUUCAGAGCAGCAAAAAUAAGAUUUAAGCAAAUUUUAGAAUACUCCUUCUCAAACUCAUUAAUAAUUCAUAAAGAAAAUUCAAAGGAAAUUAAUGUUUAAUGAGUAUUUGGAUAUCAGAUAAAAAACUGCUCAUUUUUCAUCCUUAAUUUCUCCUUCAAAAAUGAUUUUGUUUGAGAAGAAAUGUCAAACAUUCGACACAGUGUUUCAUCUGGUCUACUUUGUGGAGCUUCAAGCAGUUUUUAUGAGGCGACGCGCAGCAUAAAAGUUGAGAGAAGAGCCACAAAGUAGACCACUACUUUGUGACGUAGAGUACUUUGAUAUAUUACAUGCACUUCAUAACCUUAACGAAGGAAAGAAAAGAAGGAAAACGGUAACUGUAGGGUCACGGUUUAGUCGCGUUUAGCCUGUCAACACUUUAUUGCACAACUGUUUAUUGGUCAUUUACCACGCAAAUAAAACAAUGGGAAAGGAAUGUUGUUUCCGGCUGAGCGGGCGUUUGUGUGGAGGGAUGAAAAACGAGCUCCCCUAAAAACGCCUGCGUGGGAGGCUACAUUUAUCCGUGAGAUGUGCAUGUCAUGCCGCACGAGGGUACUUGAAACUAGUACAAAGAUACAAAGGGCGCAAAAGUGAUAAAUGAAUGAUAUAGUUUUCGGGGUUUUGAACAGUGAAUUAUGGGUACAGCGAAAUUGGCGAAAGUAAAUCAAUUCUAAGGAAUUUCCUUCAACUCCAAUUUACCGUCUGAAGCUUGGUCUGUUAUAUUAAUCAAUCCUUUCAUUUGCCCUGAGCAUAACUACUGAAACAAACAUUUGAAAAAAAAAUCCUCUCUUCCAUGUGAUUAUUUUGUAGUAAGGUUAAAUGAAAAGUAUAAUGAUAUUGGUGAAUCCGCGAUCGGGCAAGAUCAAGUAAUCCUGUGUUCUGACUGGCUACCUGAGCGGGCAAGAUGGGCCCAUCCUGCCCCCUCGGGAUCUCCAGCGCUGGUCCCGCAAGGAAAGGUUCUCUUUUAGGCUAUAUAAUCAAUCCUUUAUAUAUUGACAAAUCUUGCUUGGCUAAGAUAGCUGGAUACAGGCCUCUCUCUUUUUUGGCCUUUUUUUUUAAUCAACAAAAACGCAAAGAAAGAAUUUGGCCAAUAUCCAGCCAUCCUGACCUCGCGCUUAUUCCACGACUGCGCGUUGGAUAGGAGUUGGCUAUAAUCAUCUCAUAUCCAAAAAGCGCGAGUGAAAUAAUUGUUUUACUAAAAACGCCAAAAAAAGAUUGAUAAUUCUUCCCAACUUUAUUUAUAAAAACAACCAAUUUUCUGCUUGUUUUUAAUUUUAAGCAGACGCGUACAGUUACCAUAUUUGGAGAGCAUGGUAUAAUGGCUCAUAUACCAUGAUGGCUAAGCCAAUCAAAGCUCUAGAAUUGCAUUAUCCGUUGAUUCACUUUUUAAUAAAUGUAUAUAGACAAGCAGGUUGUUUGAAGUUAAGUCACAAUCUUAUUUCUUGUUUCUCAAGAAAAGAGAGAGAAGACAAUCUCCAGUAGUAAAGCAAACAGCGGCAAUUGCUGCUAAAACAGGCAUUGGAGGAGCUUUUGCCAAUACAUUUGGGUUCGUCAACAAUGCAGUUGUUGGACAAGCAGUGGAUGACCGUAGAUUCAGCUGGCUCCGCAGAUUGAGCUUCAGUCGUAAAACUGGGCACCACGAGGAAGAAUCAGUUUAUGAAACGGAUAACGCGACUGGAAAGAAAAAGCUGAGGAAGUUUUCCAUGCGAAAAAAGUCGAACUGGUCUGAAAGAGGUAGAAUUUUUGAUUAUUUGGACUUCUUUAUUUCGUACCUCGUAGAAAGGCAGGGUUUUGAAUUAAAACGUUACUUUUAGAUUUAUCAUCAUUCCACUGUAGCAAAUAUAGUAUAAGGAAAACGACUCUCCCUUUUUUCUGUAAAAAUCUAUUCUCAAGUGUCAGAAAUUGCUACUCUCAUUUUUUCUGAUUUUAAGCAAAAUUAUGGGAGGACCUUCUUGCGGAGUUUCCGCAUCACGAUCGCUGAUCCCUAAAGCAUUGUUUUUUCAGGCGAUCAUGUCUCCAGACCACCAUCUACAUCUUUAAUAGAAGAGGAAGAAGAUAUUGAUGAGCAUGAAGAAUACCUUAACCUAAGGGAUCCUGGCGAAAAACAAAAAUUGACCUUUGACCUCAGUAACUGUCAAUGUGCAGAGGUGCUUGCCUCAGUCUUCCCUCAACUUGUCGAUCAUUGGCGCGCAGCAGGAAACAAACUUAAGACGGUGCGCUAUUUAACCGAGUCUGGCGCCGCAGCAUUGGCCACUUCCGCUAACAUGCGGGCACUUUCAUAUCUGAACGAGGUUCAGUCCAUCAUAGAGGAGUCGAGUAAAAAGGAAGAGCAACUCUUGGCUACUAUAGAAGAACGUGCGCGAGUUGAAAGUCUUAUUGGACAGGUCAGAGCAAAUACAUGUAUCUUUCCAUAAUACCCUGAUUUGAAGCUGAACAAUAACAACAACAAUUUUUUCUAUAGCUAGCUAACUAGUGCCACUAUACAGCUUUCAGAUGAAUGGGCACAUUGUCGAUCUCAUCCGGUAACUUCAUUGUCAUAACAUUACUACGUAUAGCGCAACACAUUUUACAAGAUAUAUAUUCAAAAUCAUGAUACGAAAUACAUUUAUUUGUUAAUAAGGUGGGUUCUAGACUUGAUUAUAUGGGAAAAGAUUCAAUCUGAUUCCCAAAUUAAUCAUGGUAAAAUCAUUUAUUUUCAAACGUCCUCAGGGAUCAAAUUAAUGGUCUAGCAACUAAAUUACUAGCUCAGUGAGUUCCUAUUCUCACAUUCUAGAUAAAAAGAGGCCGAAUCAAUCGUCGUUACUUAAACAUUUGACAUGUUUUUGACUAAAUGCUUAGGUGGAAGUUCAACAACAACAACAACAACAACAAGCAGUCUAAGCAAAGAUGAAUUUUACACAAAUGCAGUCCAACCCCAUUUUAUGGACACCUCGUUAUUAAGGACAGUUUUCUCUUUCCUUGGAGACCACUCUUACAUUUUCUCCUAAUUCAACCCCCGCUUGAUACGAACACUCGUUAAUUCGGACAACAGACACUUGUUUCUUGCCCAAUCUAUCGAUCAACAACCAACCUCGCUAACGCAAACGCUUCAUUAUAAAAUGUGUGCGUGAUCGACCUUUCCCUUUUGUAAUAAAAGUGUUCAUUUCACAGCGUGUCGAUAUUCCCAGCGCCAAUGUGCACCGGAUAGGAUGAUUUUUAGACUUUAAUUCCAGACUAGUUUUGAUAUCAAACGGUUCAGCAGAGAACGGUUUUGAUGAGCGACUUUUGAGUGUCUUCGUGGAUUCAAGCCGCGAAAUGACGGCUUUGUGAAGGUUAAGAGAUGUUUAAUUUGACGAUGCUCGUGUCCUUACUUGUGUUUUGUCACAAGUUAUGUGAUACAACUUGUUCUAUUUAGCAUUUAAUUCUACACUCCCUCGAAAGUCUAUUUCUUCACAUGUUCAUAAUUUAGAAUUCUGUACUCUGUUCUACACUUAAAGAAUUCGUCGAUAUCAAUUGGCGUAAAAAUUUCGAUGAUCUAGCUACACUCAAUCUACACUCUCGCUCAGUUCCACGACUCGGAACGACUACAUAGUUCCAAGACUCUCGUGCAAAGUUCAGUUCUCAGAUCAGGUGAUGAGUUUUUCCGUUACAAUGAAGCAAUAAUUUCCUAACAUGUUUUAUUACUUUAGUAUUUAAGGCACUUUAAUAACAUGACGCACCUCUCUCCGACACCCCGUUAAUGCAGACACUUUAUAUGGCCCCAGUGUCCGUAUUAAGAGGCUUUGACUAGAUUAUAUUGUAAAUAAUAAAUCCAGCAGACAUGCAUGAAUAUCUCUGAAGGUUCUCUUAAAAUGCUUAGUUCUUGCCAAGUCUGUGUUUCUUGUAAAUGCUCUUUUUUCUGAUAUAAGGCAUUGGCUCACAUGAAUCGUCUCCACGAAGCAUUGGCUCACCUACUUUCAGGGCUAAGCAUCUUGGGAAAGAAUCAGCCAAGGUCUGAUUUCGGAUGCUACAUGAUGAUCUUAAAAGAAUCGUUGCGUCAUUACUUGCACGUGUUUUUGCCAGGUUACUACAUUGGAGAGGCGGGGUACGUAUCAUUAAGUAUUCAACUGUCAACUGUCCUUUUCAUUUAUAACUAGCGAUAUGUGGAAUAAGCCACCGUUAUAUAUUAGAAACCCCAAUAAUCUUAAAGUGUUCAAAAAGACCAAACAAAAUUUUAAAUUGGGAUCUUUAUACUAGUGUUUGUCUUGCAUAUGUAAUUACUUUAUUUUUAGCAUUGUUACUAUUUUUAAUCUACUUUAACCUUUUCUCUCACAGUUUGUGACCUUUUCCUGAAUGUUCUUAUAAAUUUUGGCUCUUUUAAACAGUUUUUUUUAUCUGAUAAUAUAUUUUCAUGUAAUAGUUAUAUGUAGUUAAAUAAGUUUUUACUGUAGUCUUAUAUAUCACAUGUACUUUCGAACGAGUUUUAUUGUAAGCUCUUAGGUGUAACGUGUAUAAAUAAAUUACUUUGUGGCUUACUUACUUGAGCGUAAGAACAAGUAGGCUGCGGUAUAUUCUUCAGAUUUACUGUUUAAAUGGAACUGAGUAUCUGGAUAAAUGAACCGAUUGUACUACAUUUUCCACCAAGUGAUAUCGCACGUCAGUAUUAAAACUGAAACGCCUUACAGUUACCUUCACGGCCUUACAGUUACCUUCACUGGACUGUUGUAUCUGAAAGUGUUCGAGAUAUGGACAAGUCGCAGCACAUGAACGCCAUGGUCUUGUUUCCUUGCUCUUAUGCCUUAUGUCGGUUCAUUCAAGGUCCCUUAUAACAUUUUAACGUGAAAUAGGACACAGGAGAUAAAAAUAGCAUCGAUCCUAGAAGUCAGUGGCAAUUUUCCACUUACAUUAUCUCUCACUGUUUUAGUCCUUUAGUCCAUUUAUAUAUGUGGUGUUAAUUGUUUCUUUUUCAAGGGACAACUCAGCUCGACUGAUUGAACAAUCGCGAUGCCUGAGCCAUCUUAGCCACGUGUACCAUUCCCUGCAACAGAACAACAGAUCGCUGAUGGCUGCCCUACAGGAGCUCAACGCUGCUGAAGAAGCCGAAGAAAACCUGCAUGAGGUGUGUUCGGUAGAUGGAGUCUUUUAAAACGGUUUUCGAGGUGCCAGGAGGAUAGUAAAAAUUGACUCAGUUUCAGUAAUAUAUUUCCAGAACCGAAGGCUGACUGUUUGAAUUCUGAUCAGUUCACCCAGGCAGUUCAGGCAUAGAGAUAAAAAACGUCAUAACCCUUUAAUGGCCAAAGGCUGCAAUUGCUAGGAGAGUAAAUAAAACGAGAGUACCAACGCUGGAACAAAUUAUUUUGAUUCUGUAUUAAGAGACACCUAGAAGUGUUUUCCUUCAGGUGAUUUUAGUUGAUUGGUUGAGGUGACAGUUGUUGCUGAAAAACGAGGGACAACAACACUCGAUAAUACCAAAAGAGCUUAACCCCCUUUGGCGUUCUAGUUAAAAUAUAACUCAUGAGCCUUCGGAUUCUGAAAUAGUCAAUCCAAACGUCACAGUAAAGACCAUUCCGAAUAAUAAAAGCAGUCUUUUUUCGUAAAUUUGGAUGCACCUCUAUAUGCCAGAAACCACUUUUGACAUCAGUCGUCGAAAAUAUACUUGUACCAGCUGAGGAAUCUAGCGCAUCUCUAGCUAAAGGCAACUGAAAUUAAUCUACCCACAUGAUAAAGUAGGUUUAAAAAUCAACGCAAAAUCUAAAGCAUCCAUCCUUCUCUUGACAAAAACAACUAGAGAGCUCCAUGGGGAGACAGACUCCUGAAUUAUUCCUUUUUCAGGCAUUUUCUCCACUUGAAGAUCUGUCUUAUUUUCCGGGGAUGCUCGGUAUGGUCUUUGUUUAAAGGAUAUACUAUUCCGUACCAUUACCUAUUACAUUCGGUACAAGGCAUGUUCUACUCAGUUGAAUCCCCGAAGUGCCAGAAAAAUCGCGAGUUGUUCAAACACCCCAUAAACUAACAAUCACGCUUACAGAUUUGCUUCUUAGUUCCACUUUGAACAUCUUCAUAUUCAUCGUAUUUUGCAGUUAAUAAGCGCUUACGCAGGAGUCAUUGAGUGUACACAUCUUGUUGGCUGGAGAGGAUGGGGGAAAACGUACGAAGAAAUAGGAAAGAACAGGUAAAUAAUUUUUUGCCAUACAAGAACUUCUCAACCUGAGGAGGCAGCGUGGCCGAGUGGUUAGAGCGCUGGACUUAUAAUUCUAACUGCUUCGCCAUCUACCAGUUGGGAUUCUUAACCUUGUUAUCUACCAUUUGAAGUUAUUUAUUUAGUUAUCCCUGAAAAGCAUCAUAAAUGGAGGAUAAUGAAGCAUUUAUUACUAUUAUUAUUGUUGUUGUUGUUAUAGCGGAGCAGAAAGGUUGUGUAUUAACAUGAAUAGUAGAACAAUUACCUCUCACAACGAAAACCUUCAGUCACGAACUUCAUUUAUCUCCCCUCAGCUUUAGACUCGAGUGCUAGGACCCGUCUCUUUACCCAGAUAGAUUGUGAUAGCCCUAAUCAGAUAAAUUCAUAUUUUCAUACUCUCCCCAACCCUCAGGUGCGAAGACCCGUCACUUUACUCAGACCCAGAGGACAUGAUAACCGUGGCGCAUCUCUACUGUGUCAGCCUCGCUUUCAGGCUAGCAAUUGGCGGAGUUUCAAUCGCUAUCGCCUCAGGUUUGGUCCUACUUUUAUCUUUCUUUUAUCGAGAUCUUUGUUGGAGCAUGUAGUGUAGACCUACAAGGUGACCUCCUGGAAAAUUAUCUGAAACUCCUCCCAUGAAAGUCGAAAGGUCUGAUAAGUAAUUUAAAGAUAAAUAUAAAAUACAAUUUUCGAAACAGAGAGGAUCUUAUGUUAAUCACAUUGAUCUUAAAGGUGAAUCUGAUGUACAUCGACAGAAACGCCCACUACAAAAUUGCAUGUCAUUUAGCAGGUGACAGGAGUGUAGUUGAUUUGUGAAAUGUUCAAUUUUAGCUCUCUUCACUUGAGGUAGGAGUUUUCACCGUGGAGACAUGUGGCCCUGACCAUGAAUAAUUUUUCCAGCCUUUAUUAGCAGCAUUUCUUGUGGAGGUUCCGCUUCCGGUCAUCAUUUGUGCCUAGUCGUAGGUAACUUCGAUUUCAUAAAAAAAAAGAAAUUAAACCAAAUAAAUUUUGCUUAAUCGCAUUAGAAUCUAAUCUUGUUUGUUUUCUUUAGCUAGAUCGUUCAGGCAGGGUCCCGGAGCGAUAUUCAUCAUUCAAGAUGCUUUUCUUUUUUAUGACAGGUCGUUAUGCUCUCGGUAUUGCAAAUCAAGUUCACGACUCACACAUGAAGACAACUUGCAUCCCUCUUCUUGCUCAAAGUCUUCUAGCCACUGCAAAGUAAGUGAAAUCCAGUAAUAAAAGACUGAUGAAAUGUUAAGCCAGAUGGAAAAAAAUCACUUUUAUUUCAUGAAACUGCAAAACGUAACUGUGAUAAACAAUUAGGUCAAAACAACACAGUGAAGAUGAAUUAAGUUGAGACUGUUUCCAUUCAUUCAACAGCAAUAAAGUGAUAACUUUGCCCUAGUUAUAUCACAUAUAUCUGUUCAACGUCUGGCCUGUCGGGGAACAAGCCAUUUUACUGAUAAUCGGAAUGCACAUUUUAUCUAUUUCUAAAAAUUUACUUCCAAAUGUGUACUGUCAUGCACUAAUUUAAUUUUUUUGUUUUAAUUCUCAGGAUUCCUGAGUGUAUUGAAGUCCUCAAGGAACUGAACUCCGCUGCAUUAGAGUCCAGUGACUCUCACGGUCGUGCGCUUUACAUGUGCUGUUGCUUUGAUCUCAUUCUUGAAGCAGGUUAAGUUAUAUUGUUACAAAAAUUAGAAUGAAUUCUAGCUCCUCUCCUCUAAAACACGUAUUGUGGUCUCGAGAUUGGUUUGUAAGUAAAUGAGACGUCAGUAAAGCAGUAAACCUAAACACCUAUGGUUCACCCGGUAAAUAUCCACAUGUACAAAACUGAUGUAUGAAGAUUUUUAAUACGUAGGUGAGUUUAUCAUAGAGGUCUCCGUAGUUAUUCAGCUAAUCUAUAACCUUCAUUUACAGGGUCCAAUUUCGCAAAAGUGAUUGGAUUCUACAAUUUUCUCAUACAAACCCUCUAAAUUACCCCACGUUCGCCCAAUAUAAAACUGCAGCCCAUCUGUGUGAAAUAGGAAGUUAUAAUGUCAAGAGGGCAUAUCAAAAUCCAUUAUCUCCAUGGUCCUCUCCCUUUCACGAGGAAGAAAAAAUGCUAUUCUUGGCGGGAUUCUAAUCGAUGACAUCAUUCAAGCCUUCUGAGCAUGAGUGGUUACAGAGAAGCUUAUGAGUCCGCUUAUGGCUUAGGACAUGUUUGAUAUUAUAAGCGCCCUCUAUGCAGCUUGGAUCAGCAGUGUCGAAUGGAACCUAACUGGUAUAAAUUUUAAGAAAUAAGAUAGUGUUAAGCUUGGUAAAACGAUAAAUGUUUUCCAUUUCUUUCAGGUUGGCAGCUGGAAGAUAUUAGUCAAAUUAUUCAGUUCACAGCAAAGAUGUCUACGGAUCCAGCAUUCGCUUCUGAUCUAGUCCCAAAGUUCUACCUAAAUGCUUCACUUGCACUUUGGUAAGAUUAAAAUUUAAUUUGUUACUUGUUAUCACCUUGUACUCCUCUAAAGUUAUAUUCUUUUAAUUCAUGACAUUAAAAAGGUAGACUUGAUCGGAAUUCGAACCCUGACCACUGAAGUAACCUGAAAUAACCCCACGUCCUAUAGAGUCGAUCUAAUAUUCCCAUUUUACCUAGAUCGUACGGUAAAAAGGGAUGAAAAAAGUAAAGGAAUCGAAUAAAAUAUGAGCCGUCUAUACGCAAGUUUGAGGACACAUGGAAAUAACAAAAAAUCGUUAAUAAUUCGAAUUUACUAGUGUAAUUUACACCGUGACGUUGUGGUGCGUUUGACUGGCAUAUUGAUGGCAUUGCCUAUAUUUGGUAAUUGCCUUCACUAACUACUGGGAGCGUUAUAAAUGAUGACGUUACAUAUGAUACAAGGAUGGUGGUUUCACACUGGCGGUUAAGGGUCUAUCUUAUGAAUGAUUAAACAAACUGAGAAAAAAGAAUUGCUUGUUCAUUUAAGUUAAGAGACUAUAUCAGUAUCCGAAAUGCAGAUAAGCGGCGUACAUGGGUUCUUCUAUCUGUGCUUUAUUUUUUUUAAGGACGAUUAAAAAGAAGUGUUUCAUUUUUUAACAGGUUCUUCAAAUUUUGUUGUCCUUAUUAUUCUCCCUAAGAAAAGGAAAAAAAAAACAUGCGUAUUUCAGUUUUACAAUUUCUUGAUAGUGUUAUGCACACCUUAAAAAUUAAAAUUUUCCUUGACUUUUUUCGGGUUUAGGCACGCCAGGAGAGAGGACUGGGGAAAUGCCGAUACAUACUUUGCUACUGCUACUGGUAUGCUGGCUAAAAAAAUCUUUAAUUCGACGCGUCCAAUCUUGUUACAUUGCCCUUUGAUAAACUUUUAGAAUCAUAUUUUAGGACAAAAAUGUUUCCACAAGUCUUUCCAAAGACUUCUUUUCACUUGCGUACUUUGCAAAACUGGCUGGUGCUGACGACAGCUUGGAAUAAACCUGAAUAGUGUAGAAUCACAGAUCCGUGUCAUCUGGAUUAUUAUUAAACAGAGGCGAUUUUUGUGGCUUUUGAUAUUUCCCUAGUUUGCAUUUUUAAUAAAUUAAGCUUAUUAUAUUUUUUAUGAUCACAGGGCUUAUUAGGUAACUUAAGGUAAAUGUUAAGAGUUUUGUCAAGUACACUGUUUAUGGCUCAGUAAACAUUCAACCGGAGGCAAUAUCACCCGAUUGGGAAGUAAUUUCUUUUUAUUGCAGGAAACUAUAUUUAAAGCCAAUGACCGUUGGAUCUCUAAUAUGAUAAGUUGCUUCUCUUACUAGCUCUAGAGCCAUCAAAGUUAGAAGUCUUUAUGGCUGUUCACGGGUUUGUGAAGAUCGUGGAGUUUUGGCUGUUGAAGCAACGCCAUAAUGGCAAAAAUAGACAUUAUGAGCACGAGGCUACUAAGGUGAGUUCAUCAAAUGAAUUUUUUGAUAUGCAACCUAAAGAUAAUCGAUAUUAGGCCAGUUUUUCUAAAUUAUCUGCCGGGAAUAACUUUAUGGGUGAAUUAACUGGGUAUCAUCGAAAAAAAAGAACACAACAUCUUUGUUCCUAAUUGCCUCACCAACGGAUUUAAGAUAUAGUCAGCAACGAACGAGACAGAAGCCUGUUUAACCCUUCCAAGGGUCAUCGACUUACCAACUGUCAAAAUACUUUAUUAACUUGCUGAAACCUUUGAUUGACAAAUCUGGACAUAAACCACAGUCGACUGAGAACUUUAUUGACGCCAUCAAGACAAAACAGAUACCUGACGAGCACAAACUAGUGUCUUCUGAUGUGAAAUCAAUGUUCACCAGUAUUCCACUUCAACUGGCUACAGAUUACAUUGACAACGCUACUACUGUUGAACUACCACUACCUACAGACGACAUCAUGGACGUACUCAACUUCUGCCUAACUUUGACGUACUUUCAGUACAACGGCAAACACUACAAACAGCUACCAGGGAGCAGCCAUGUUUUAGCAGAAAUUUUAAUGCAAAACACCGAGGAACAAGCCCUAGUUGCUACUUAUACGCGAACUAUACCUCUUUGGUUACGCUACGAUGACGACACUUUCACCGCCGUACACGCAAAGACAAAAUAUACGAUUUUUACGAACACCUUAACAAACAUCACGCGGACAUGCAGUUUGGCACGAAGAUCAAGGAAAAUUGUAAAAUACCUGUUCUAGACUGCUUGUUCACUCGCGACAACAAAAUAAUACGGCUAGGAGGGACAAUUUACAGAAAAGCGACACAUACCGACAGAUUCACUAGAUCGUAUGUCAUCGUACAACCCGACCUCUCUCAAGGCUACAACUAUACGGACUUUGACGAGGACGCGCGCAAUGAGUUUGCGACUCACCUGACAGCCUAAAAGACAAGACUGACUACCUAAACAACGGUUUUACUAAAACAACUACAGCGAGGACUUUGUUAGACGAAACACUCACAGUAACACUGAUUCCAACACUCAGACCCACGUCAACUCUGGCCCUGUUACGACAGCGACUAUACCAUACAUCAGAGGCACCUCUGAAAGUAUCGCACCUAUACUACAUAAUAACCUUACAACAUACGUGUUGCACACAAACUUAUAACCACUUUACGACAAGUUCAACUACUUUACUACUGUCAAAGACAAAGACAAACUGGAGGACAGACAGGGAGCAGUAUACACGAUCAAAUGCUGCGAUUGCCAGGCCACUUACAUUGGUUGAAACCGGCAGAAAUCUUAGCACGCGACCGACCGAACACAAACAAACAACAAGAAAUGGUGAAGACAACAAUCACUUUGCUGAACACCAUUUACGGACGAAACAUCAAAUCAAUUGUGACUCUGCGAUAUGUAUUACGUAUUCUGACUCACUUUAGAAAGUUCGUUUACUAACUUAGAACAAACGCGACUGAAUCGUCAAGCAAAACUAAUUACGAGAGAAUAACUGGACAACCGACAAUUCGACUAACAAUAAACGACUGUUUAACUGUGACAAACAUGGCGACUUAAUUGACUAAGCAGAUCAAUAACCACAGUUUUGUAUCAUCAAGUGACUAACUCAAUUUGACUCUGAAGAUGACUACCACACAGGUUUCCGAAACGUCAGUCCCUCUCCUAUUUAGGACUACUUUCACCCGGACGAUCAUACUCAACCUACUUAUGAUAAGUCACUCUGUGGAGUCAAUCCCGUUGAAAAACUUAGUUCAACUUGGUUUAGUUUUCAUACGACCGCUAUAAACAGGUUUAAAGGAAGCUCACAUACAGUAUGCCGGUCUUCCAGAGUUUUAUAAAGCUAACUUUGUUGAUUCCAGGUUCUGAAGAAACUUAAAGGCUCACUUAAUCAUCAUCCGGUGUUUGAAGGUCGGCGACUCCACUUGCUCGCUUAUUAUCAUCUCCUGCUCGGCAAGAAGGAGAAGUGCAAGGUCAAGUUACGGAAAUGUUGCAGCAAAAGCAAGAGCAUGGGUGUCUGGCUGGAAGUUGAAUGGGCCAAGAAAAAUGAGAAUGGUUGGUUCAGGGGCACCCUGGAGUCAGAGAAAGCUUACGAAGGGAAGUCCAUGUUCAGUCUUCCAAAACCGCAAAAGGCCGCUUGA